AUGCUCUCAAUCCGCGGCCGUACUCGCCCUAAGCUUCAUAUUCGUGGUAAUAGAGUUCUAACAGUUGAUAUGUUCGUCACCUGCUGCGGAGAAGAUAUCAAUGUCAUGCUAGACAUUACCCGCGCUACCUGCGCAAUUGAUUAUCCGCAAGACCGAUUUCGUGUCGUCGUUCUAAACGAUAGAAAGGAUACCGCGCUCGAGAAGUCAAUCAGCGAUCUAGGACAGGAAUAUCCUAAUAUUUACUAUCAUGCUAGAAUCAAGAUCAAAGGUGUUCCUCAUCACUUCAAGGCGGGUAAUUUAACUGGAGGAACUGGAUAUAUUACCGAACUUGAGGGUAGAGAGGCCGAGUAUAUCGCUGCUUUGGACGCUGAUAUGAUUCCUGAGCGUGAAUAG